AGAGUGUCCUUUCGGUUCCAGCGCUUCGCAACCGUUGGAGCAGAAUCUCAGCACCGUUGCCUUGCACCGUUCGCCGCGACUUUCGCCGUUCACAGGAGAUGGUUCAUCAGCCGACGAAUCGCAACGAUGAGCAGAUGCUUUUUGCCGGAGUGCAGCCACCCGUGAAGAACACUUUCCUUCACUACGACGUCUGCGCCAGUGCCUACCAAGUGGAACAGCAAGUGCUGCGUCGUCACCAGACCGCCCCGGCGAAGUCUGCCCGCGACGUGUCCGACGUCGAGACGGACUCGGAGGAUGAGGGUGUCACGGUGCCCAAGGUCCUGGGCACCGUGAAUGAGCUGAAGACAAUCGUUGCGGUAAACGACGUGACUCCCAACCUCUUGACCAAAGAGGAUUACCCUAUGCCCGGAUCGCUGUGCCGUCACACCACGCAUGAUGCUUUUGAGCACGGCCAAGUUGCUUGGGAACCAACCGUCUUUGGCCAAGGAGAAUUUGAAGGACACCAGAACGGAAUGAACGGACAAGCCUUGCAAGAAGGCUUGCAGUGGGACGGACAGAUGGGUGGGCAAACUUGUGGUGUGCUACCAAUGACGUCUGAUACAGUGAUGUUCGUUGGUGUGCACCCACCGGCGAGCAGACAAUACAUAGAGACAAUGUCACUUGGCUUGACCUGUACCACCGCCUUGGAAACAAGAAAGCGAAUGAUGCAGCAAUCACCGCAUGCUGGCAUCUCAUUCCAACGCUGGUGCAGGAACUGCACGCCUGUGCAUGGGGCCAGACCACAGCAAAGGCCAUUGACAAAUGGAUGCGAGCGCUCCAAUGGCCAGACUCUGACAAUCAGCACCCAGAUCAGCCCUGCCUUCCAGACAGUGCCCGAGUUGCCCGUGCAGUGUGAUGAGACUAGGUUCUUGGCAGUCACCAGAGAGCUGCAGCAGAGUUGGCAUUCGAAAUGCUCCAUGACAAUGAAAGCAGUUAAGAAGGUUCAACAAUGGAAGAACAACCGACAAAACCCGUUGCGAUUUUGAAGGAUGCUGAGCAGACCUGUGACCACCACAGGCUGUCUGCAUGGUACAGUUCAGGCGUGGCUAGUUGCGGCUGGCUAAAGGCCAUUCGUUCGCUGCGAGCAUGCGAGUGGACCCCCUCGACACGAGGAAAAGGGUGAA